AUGGGGUCUCCGUUUCGAAGCACCCGUCAUGACGCCUAUACACUCUCCUCUUCGCCAGGCCUGCCUCCUCUCGAUCAGCUCAAGUCUCAGUUGCCUAAGGAGCCCCCCGUUCGAGGUGGCAGUGCGGCCAUGACCAUACCAGACCAUGCCAGCCGCCACUUCACCGGCGCUUCGAGCUUCCUCCGCCGGGAACCGUCUGCGAUUGACCUGACGACACCCUGCAAGACCUCCAUUGAGUCUCCUGCGCUGCAACAUGACGAGGAGGUUACGGUGAUAUCCAUUGCGACCCUGACUUCAAAGCCGAAGCGAAAGAGAGGUGCCAAGGUCAUCGAGAAGAAAGCGAAUGCGCCGCCGCUCAAGUCUACCAAAGAGGAUGAAGCUGGUCCGCCACGGAAAAAGGAUGUAAAGUCCAAAGGAACAGCAGAAAAAUCGGAUACGAAGUCGAAAACGACAAAGGCUAAGGCUACGACAAAGAAGGGCGGCGUCAAGAGUCGACACUUCGCCAAGCUCAAGACCGGCAACGGCGAGACCAAGGAGGUAAAAGCGCCGUCACCACCCAAGCAGGAUGCAAAUGAGCCGUUGGAACUGGAGGCGGCCUUGAGACGCCGUAUGGAUUGGACACCUCCACCGGUCGAUAAUGAUCAAAUCGCCGGAUCCAAGUCUUCGAUUGUUCGAGACGACCUGCUCUCCUUGGCUGCGAAGAGUCCGAACCGCGAAGCACCGAAAGAGACGUUUGAAAGCCUAUUGAAGAACUACGGCCGGCCAAACGAGAACACACCCAAGAGGCCGUCUGCUGAGCCGGUAGAUGGUGAUUCCCCCGUGUUCAAGAAGAGGAAAAUGAUCGAGGCGCUGUCUGUUAAAGAUUCGUCAAAGAUGCCACCGCCAAUGAAGAGUGUCACGAAGGCAAAAGCUCCCAGGAAGAAACCACGUACGAUUACCGAGCUGGCCACAUCAGCGUACGAAGUCCCAGAUGCCACCGAACCGGAAACUGCCUCGGCACCUCCCCAAGAGAGCGUCCAAGACGAGGGUGAAGCAGCACUACCCAAGGGGAAGAAACGAGCGUCCAAGGCCAAGAAGCCAAAGAAGGUCCCCCCGCCAGAGCCUGUCCUCUUGUCGCCGACCGCGGCUUUAAGGCAGGCCGCGAACCAGGAUUAUGUUUUCGGCACUUCGAGCCAGCUGGCACGAGAGCAUUCACCGACUUUCCUGAGAGAUCUCCAAUCCGCGCUGCAAGCUUCGAACUCGUUGAGGGAAGAGGAUCCGUUCGUGACACCAAUCAACAGUGAUGCCAUCGAACCCGAACCGAAGCAAAAACUCUGGGAUAUAGGUGCAAGAGAUGAGGACGGAAGGUUGCUGGACCUGGAGGUCAUCGAUCUUGCCGAUACCCCCCAGGCGGUUCCAAGCCCAGCGGCCGGUCUCAACCCUUUCGGAUAUGCUGGCGUUGAGAAUCCAGGAGCACCACUGCAGGCCCACAUCCCAUCAGACGUGUCCUUCCCGGAUAUCGAGGACCUCUUGAGCAAGGCUCCCGAAGGCAACGAUGUCGCUGAGCGGAAGCAAGCGGCGCCCUUACCAGCUCAUAUCCCCUCUGAUGUUUCAUUCCCGGAUAUCGACGAUCUCCUAGGUGACCAGAUGGGUGACAUCGUGCCCAGUGAGCAGCAAGAGGUGCAAGCAUUUGUUUCCAGCGCCCGGGCAGCAAGGACUGUAUCUGACACGGCUCCGGUGGUCUUGAUAUCCUCUGGUUCUGGACCGAAUGUUGAAACGGAUCCUGAAUCACCACCCGCUCUAUUGCCUUCAGCAUCAGACGACGAAGUGACAAAGCCCGAGGCCGAGAAGGCAGUAAUCAAGCCUGCGCCAGAGAUUCCUAAACCGGACUUUACUCUUUACACGGACAACCAACUUUCCAGGGAGAUUGCAUCUUACGGUUUCAAGCCCGUCAAGCGACGGCAGGCCAUGCUUGCUUUGCUGGAUCAGUGUUGGACGAGCAAGCACAAGACAGCCAUAGCAUCCCUUCACACCAACCAUCCGGCUUCGACGGCGUCCAAGGCGCAGGCUAUUGCUUCAAAGCCUCCAAAGCCCGUAGCAACCACAUCACCAAAACGGCCGCGAGGUCGCCCCAGGAAGAACAGCGAGGCCGAGUUGUCAUCCAGCGAACCGCCACCGUCGGCUCAACCGCCGCCGCCUUCACCCAAACGAGGGCGCGGGCGUCCCAAAAAGAACGCGGAGCCCACAAAAGCCACCAGCUCGAUGUCUACGACGGCCAGGACGGGUAAGACCAAAGCUACCAUGGUGGCUCCCGUGGCCCCCAAAGUGGUUUCGCCUCCAAGGAAGGCCAAGGCGUCGGCCGUUAUUGAGAUUCCAGACUCGGCUUCCGAUGGGUCGCUCUCACCAUCGCCGUCAGCAUGCUCCUCACCCGAGCCUAUGUUUUCACCGCCCCCCGAAGACGUCUCGGUGUCCAUUGGUGAUGACACGGAAAUGUCCCUUGUUGCGUCGUCGACGACGAGCGAUCCGGCAGCAUUGUUUGCGCACAUUACGACAGCAGUGACGUCGGUAGCACCGACUACGGACGUGAAGAAGCCGACCUUCCACGAGAUGAUGCUGAUGUACGACCCGAUCGUUCUUGAAGAUCUCGCCACUUGGUUGAACACGGGGCAACUUUCCAGGGUUGGCUAUGACGGCGAGGUUUCGGCGAGUGAAGUAAAGCAAUGGUGCGAGUCCAAGAGCGUGUGUUGUCUGUGGCGCGAGAGCUUGAGGGGAAAGGAGCGGAAGAGAUAUUGA